AUGCCACAGCCGCUCGCCGCCACCUGGGCGCGGCCCCUGCUGCCCCUGCUGCCCCUGCUGCUGCUGCUGGCGGCGCGGACGCCGCUGCCGGCCGGUGCGAGGCCGGCGCCGGGCCCGGAGUACCUGCGGCGCGGCUGGCUGCGGCUGCUGGCGGAGGGCGAGGGCUGCGCGCCCUGCCGGCCGGAGGAGUGCGCGGCGCCGCGGGGCUGCCUGGCCGGCCGCGUGCUGGACGCCUGCGGCUGCUGCUGGGAGUGCGCCAACCUCGAGGGCCAGCUCUGCGACCUGGACCCCGGCGCCCACUUCUACGGGCGCUGCGGCGAGCAGCUCGAGUGCCGGCUGGACGCGGGCGGCGACCUGAGCCGCGGGGAGGUGCCCGAGCCGCUGUGCGUGUGCCGCUCGCAGCACCCGCUCUGCGGCUCCGACGGCCGCACCUACCCCCAGCUCUGCCGCCUGCAGGAGGCGGCCCUCGCCCGGCCCGACGCCAACCUCACGGUGGCGCAUCCGGGGCCCUGCGAAUCGGAGCCCCAGAUCGUACUGCACCCCUACGACAUUUGGAACGUGACAGGGAAGGAUGUGAUCUUUGGCUGUGAGGUGUUUGCCUACCCCAUGGCUGCCAUCGAGUGGAGGAAGGACGGCCUGGACAUUCAGCUGCCGGGAGAUGACCCCCACAUCUCAGUGCAGUUUAGGGGUGGACCCCAGAGGUUUGAGGUGACGAGCUGGCUGCAGAUUCAGGCAGUUCGUCCCAGCGACGAGGGCACCUACCGCUGCCUGGCCCGCAAUGCGCUGGGCCAGGUGGAGGCCCCAGCCAGCCUGACGGUGCUCACACCUGACCAGCUGAACUCCACAGGCUUCCCCCAGCUGCCCGCCCAGCACCUGGCUCCCGAGGAAGAGGCUGAGAGUGAAGAGGGCGAGGAUUACUACUAG